AUGUCUAGAAACAUUGUUCGUAGUUUAUGGAGGCGAAAUCAUGUGGAUUGGUGUUGUUUGGAUUCGAGUGGAGCCUCGGGUGGAAUUUUAAUCAUGUGGGCUACUAGGGUGGUGGAGAAGAUCGAUGUCUGUAUAGGGGAGUUUACCAUUGCUGUGUCUUUCAAGAAUGUGGUAGAUCUCUCGGUGUGGGCAUUUGCAGGAGUGUAUGGUCCAAAUCUUGAUAGGGAUAGAAGUGAAAGAUCAGAAGGAGCUAGUCUGGAUUCUGCUAUGAUGAGCUUCUCUGAUUUUAUUUCUGAACAAGGGCUUAUGGACUUGCCUCUUGCAGGGGGUGCUUGCACUUGGUCAGUUUCUCAAGAUCCUCCGCUAUGGUCUAGGAUCGAUAGGUUUCUUGUUUCUCCAGAAUUAGAAGCCUGGUUUCCUGGGGUGAGGCAGAAGAGGCUUCCUCGUCUUUGCUCAGAUCGCUUUCCAAUCAUUCUUGAGUUGGGGGAGGUAUCCCAGGGGAAAAGGCCGUUCAGGUUUGAGAAUAUGUGGCUUAAGGCGGAUGGGUUUGUUGCCUUAGUGAAACAAUGGUGGGAUUCUUAUGAGUUCCAAGGUACGCCGAGCUUUGUUUUCGCGUGCAAGCUCAAGGCCCUGAAGCUGAAUCUGAAGACUUGGAAUGAGGAAGUGUUUGGUAAUAUUGAGAGGAAUAAGAGGGUGCUUCUUGAAGAUCUUCGGGUGUUUGAUGAGCACGAAGAAAGUAUGGCUUUGAUCGAGGAGGAGUUAGCGAGGAAGGCCGAGGUUGUGAGAGAAUUAGAGAAGUGUACUCUUAUGGAGGAGAUAAGUUGGAGACAGAAAUCUAGGGUGUGUUGGUUGAAGGAAGGGGACAAGUGCACCAAAUUCUUUCAUUCCAUUGCCAACUCUAACAGAAGAUUUAACUCGAUAGAGACCUUGAUGAUUGGGGAUAAUCUUUCUUCGAAUCUGGAUGAGAUUAGUGAGCAUAUUGUCGAUUUCUACCAAAAGCAUUUUACUGAGCAACACAAUUGGAGGCCCUUGGUCGAUGGUAUCUCUUUGGAUUCCAUUUCGGAGGAAGAGGCUAGCUGGUUGGAGAGAGAUUUUGAAGAGGAAGAGGUUAAAAAGGUCGUGUUUAAGAUGAAUGGCAAUAAGGCAUCGGGUCCUGAUGGGUUUUCUUUGGCUUUCUUCCAAGCUUGUUGGGAUGUGGUGAGGGAGGAUAUUAUGAGGGUGUUUAGUGCUUUCCAUACUGGAGGGAUGUUUGUAAAGAGCCUCAACGCUUCUUUUAUUUCACUUAUUCCGAAGAUUCCUGGUGCCACCAAUCUCAAAGAUUUCCGCCCGAUUAGCCUUGUGGGAGGUAUGUAUAAAAUUAUUGCCAAGGUUUUAGCUAACAGAUUGAAGGUUGUGUUGGAUAAGAUCAUUUCCAAGUCGCAAAAUGCUUUCAUCAAAGGAGAUGUGGUUUUGGAGGGGUGUGGUGUUCUUGGAUUCAACAUUGCAUUUCCUCGGUGCGAUUUUCGAUUCUGGCCUGCCCAGUUACGUUACUUGCGGUGUUUGUUUCUGUGGUUUGAAGCUGCUUCAGGGUUGAAGGUUAAUUUGGCUAAAUCGAUGCUUAUUCCGGUGGGGACUGUGGAGCACGUGGAUUUGCUAGCCGGGGGUAGGGUCACCCUUAUCAAGAGCACUCUUGCUAAUUUGCUCACUUAUUACUUGUCUCUUUUCCAUAUUCCGGUGAGUGUUGCUAGGCGCAUUGAGAAGCUUCAACACAAUUUUCUAUGGGGAGGGAUAGGAGAAGAGUUCAAAUACCACUUGGUGAAGUGGUCACAGAUUUGCACUCCGAUCAUGGAAGGAGGGUUGGGUAUUAGGAACUUAUUGGUCUUCAACUGCGCUCUUUUAGGGAAGUGGUUGUGGCGUUAUAGGUCGGAAAGAGAUGCUUGGUGGAGAGUUGUGGUAGAUGCGAAGUAUGGAAGUUUAUGGGGAGGGUGGUGUUCUGUUGAGCCUGGAGGGACGUGUGGGGUGGGUAUUGCAUGUGCGAAGGAUGCCUCAAUUGCGGAUAACGUGGAGAUGCUAGGUGGGUCCAUUAAGUGGAAUGUGAGAUUUUCCAGAGAGGCUCAUGAUUGGGAGGUGGAGGCCUUUGCCUCCUUCUUUCAGAUUAAUCCAAACCAACACCCUCCUAUUGAAACUGUUACUUCCACUAACAAUUUUUACAACAAUGAAAUCACUAAUUAUUUAGAGCCUGUUUGA